GUAAAGAACUUCAGUCUCCUGAGAACUGGAAAGGAAUUAGGCUCGGCUAAAUGUGAAAAAAUUUACUAGUGCCUGGUUAAACGCUUUACCGCUGAAUUAAUGAGUAACCCGCACUUUAAUGAGCAAGUUGGUGCUCUCCUACUGUGUUACAGUUUUUCUUUGGCUAAUAUAAAGGUCUCCACACUGUUUUUUAACAUACGGUAGCUACAGCGUGAACAUGCCAGUGGCUUUAGGGCAUUUCCUUCUUGUACUUGGAACAGUCUACCUGCAAAAAACAAGCUGUCCAUCAAUGGCUCUCCAACAAGAUUCAAGAUGUGGGCAGAAAGUCUAUGGAAGCGAUUUAUGGGGGUUUUAUAACCACUUUGCUCGGAUUGUUGGCGGAAGCCAAGUACAACAAGGAUCACAUCCAUGGCAGGUUUCCUUGAAAAGAAGUAAUCAUCACUUCUGUGGAGGAACCCUUGUUUCCACUCAGUGGGUAAUCACAGCAGCUCACUGUGUUGUAAGCAGAUCACUGCUCCGUUUGCUGACUGUCACUGCUGGAGAACAUGAUUUGAGUCUGAAAGAUGAGGAAGAGCAGACCCUCUAUGUAAAAGACAUAAUUAAGCACCCCAACUUUAAUAGGAAGAAACCAAUGGAUUAUGAUAUUGCUCUUCUAAAAAUGGACGGUCAUUUCAAAUAUGGUGCAGCAGUAUGGCCAGUCUGUCUUCCUGGCCCACAUGAAAAAUUUGAUCCAGGAUAUAUAUGUGUCACUUGUGGUUGGGGUCGUUUAAGAGAAAAUGGGAUCCUUCCUGACAUUUUGCAUGAAGUCAGAUUGCCCAUCUUAGACCAGACUCAAUGUUCUGGAAUCUUGUCAGCUCUAAGGAGGCCUAUUCGAAGCUACACCAUAAUGUGUGCUGGAUUUCCAGAUGGAGGAAAAGAUGCUUGCCAGGGGGAUUCUGGAGGCUCACUUGUGUGUCAACGUGAACAUGGUUCUUGGACCCUGAUUGGAGUGACUUCAUGGGGCCUAGGAUGUGCUCGAAGCUGGAUUCAUAAUCUACAAAAGAAGUAUGAGAAAAGAGGAACUCCAGGAGUUUUUACGGAUCUGACCAAGGUGCUCCCUUGGAUUCAGCAGCAUAUAGAUGCCGAUGUCAAAAUGAAAAGUUCUGUAGCAUCGUGUAACAUUCAAGAUGGUGCACUUUCUGGCAGUGAAGGAAAAUUGAUUUUUCCUGAAUUCCCAAAGCAUUUUUAUCAGGAUAACCAGCUCUGCAUUUGGACUUUAUCUGUUCCAGAAGGGAGGCAUAUAGUGUUGAAUUUUUCUCAUUUUGAUGUGGAGCCAGAUGCAUUCUGUGAUUAUGAUUCUUUGUCAGUGAUUUCUAUGGAUGACAGACUCAUUGGGAAAUUGUGUGGAAUGGACCUUCCACUACCUAUUUUGAUUGGUUCAAACAGCGUAAGAUUGAAAUUUGUCUCAGAUAACAAGGAAGAAGGAACUGGAUUUACCAUGACAUAUCGAGCUAUUAAGCCAGCUAGUUUUCUAGAUUCUGGCUGUGGAUCUCUAGCAGUUCUCUUUAAAGAAGGAACAGUGCAAAGCAUGCACUAUCCUGAAGCAUAUGAUAACCUGGCAGAAUGUCAAUGGGUUGUUCAUGCUCCAAAAAGUCAUGUUGUUAAGCUUGUCUAUGAACAUUUUGAACUGGAAGAAAAUGAAGACUGCACUUAUGACUCAGUGGCAAUCUACGAAAAUGUUGCAAAGGAGAAAGAAAUAGCUCGAUCAUGUGGAUUUGCUGUCCCAGCACCAGUUUUGAGUUCCUCUAACACCAUGCUUAUCCAGUUUCAUUCUGAUGAAACAGAGACCUACAGUGGGUUCAAAGCUGUAUUUUUCUUUAUUGAUGUUGCAGAUUUAAACAUAACAAAUUCGAGCAGUGGAAUGAUACUUGAAGAAAUCAGUGAGCCUGCAAAUGAAACAGACAUGCCUGAUGAUAGUUGUGGAUUAGCAUCCAACCAGCCGAGAUUUCUCUUUAAUCGGAUAGUUGGCGGUGAGGAAGCUGUGCCACAUUCUUGGCCUUGGCAGGCCAGCUUGCAGAUUUUGGAUGAAAACAUCUGUGGUGGAGCUGUUCUCACAAGAACCUGGGUGGUUACUGCUGCUCAUUGUUUAAAAAAAGAAGGAAAAUAUCAAGAUCUGUGGAGAGUGGUGGUGGGCACUCAUGAUAUAAAAGAGCAAGAACAGAGCAACCAAAAAAGAUUGGUGAAGCAGUACAUCACACAUCCGGAUUUUAACACCAGUACUCUGGAUUCAGACAUUGCUCUAGUGGAACUUACUGAGCCUUUAGAAUUCAAUCAUUACGUUCAUCCAGUGUGCCUUCCAGAGCAAAACAAGAAGACCGAACCUUCAAGGAUUUGUGUCAUUACAGGAUGGGGCAUUCAGUAUGAAGAUGGAGCACAGUCAAGUAAACUGCACCAACUCAAAGUUCCUAUUUUGGUUUCCGAAGAAUGUCAGAAAUACUAUGAGAACUAUCCUGGUGUUGUGAACGAAAAGAUGUUUUGUGCUGGGUUUCCUGCAGGAGGAGGAAAGGAUGGAUGUACGGGUGAUUCUGGAAGUCCACUGGUUUGUCCUGCAAAAGACUCAAGCUACUACACCCUUAAUGGAAUAAUCAGCUGGGGCUUUGGUUGUGGAAGAAAAGGCUAUCCAGGAGUCUAUACAAAUGUUGCUGCUUUUGCUGAUUGGAUCAGUCAAUACAUAGAUGGAAAAAAUAGUAUGCACUUAUGUUCAUUUUAACAACAGCUCUUCAACUUUGAUCUGGAUAUUCUUCAUAUGCAUAAUCAGUAGGGACCUGCACAAAACUGUUAUGGACUGACUGCUGCCCUUUGCAUAUAUCAGAGGGGGCAGAAAAAAAUCUCAGUGUAAUUCUGCUCAGUCAAUCAAGUAAUACUGCUCCAGCCCUUUAAAGUUCAAUGCAUAGAAGCCAGCAGGGGAAUUACAAACACAAUUACCAAUAAAUCAUUCCAAUCAAAUUGUUUUUAAGAGAUGACAGAGCUAUUUUCUGUUGCACACUCCCACCCUACCUGCAAUGCCCUUGCAUCUUAUUUAGGAAAGAAAGCAUUCUUCAGAACCAGGACUGUAAAUUUAUAAUCUGCAGUCCUUGGGAGCAAAGGUACUCCCACCUAUGACCUGACAUUCAAGAACAGGAAUUUCCAAACCCCAAGGGAAAAUUUAUCAGAUUAUCAUGGCUCUCAUUAGAAAAGGGGGAGGGGCAUGUGGGGAAGGGUUGCUUCAUAUUAGUUAACUGAAGAGAAGGAUAAUUCGUGCUUUCAAAAAGCCCCCAACCUCUUGCAGCUAUAUUUGCUUUCAAGUUGUAACUUUGAAAGGAUUCUUUUGUAAUUUACCUGUGACCUGUGUUGACCAAUCUGAUUUAAUGAUUUCGACAUUUCUCUCCAUGUGUGGAUCUAUAUAUUGGAUCUUUUUAGGGCUCCUUUGUAUGUUUAUGCAGAGAUCCUUAAACGACCAAAAGUACUCUGGAUCUUGAGAAGUCUUUUCUCUACCAGCCCCUGCAAUUUUAUUUUCAGAUUAUUUUAAUUUUUUUUUUUUUGAGUCAGAGCUCAUUGUUCACUUCUUCCAGUUGGUCUGGCUGUUUCUACAUUAACAGUGGAGUUGGGCUACGAUCCUAGUGCUGUGAUGGGAUGUUGUCAUCUGCUAGCAAUGGAUUUCUAAAAUCUUCAUCAAAAUAAUUGCAAUCAGUGUUAACCUUUAAUUAAAUGUAUUCCCAGAAAGCUUAAGCUUUUCAUAAUCAUUAUGCCAUUCCUUUGUUGUAAUUUAAUGUGGAUCACCUUUCGAUUGGCCUACAGUUAUUGCUUGCUUCUUUAUUUUUGCAGAUUCAUCAAGUAUGGCAUGAAGACCUUUGGAGAAGACAACUAAAUAAAGGCACAAUUUCUGAAGGGCAUUGCUUAGUUCAUGUAUCUGAGCCCUAGAUGUGUGGGCUACAUUGGUAAAAAAAAAAAAAGAUAAAAAAGCUGUAACUGUUCUAUUCUCAUAUUGGGAUAUUCAUUAAUUAGUACAGUCUUAAUUGUGUGCUUAUAUUCAAGUUUCUGUAUGCAUUAAGAAUUACUCAGAUAGUAGUAGUAAAAGCACUGAAUGAGUUAGGAGUUCUAACAUUCUUUUAAAAAAAGACAGUGCACCUUAUUUUUACAGUAACUUUAUAGUAUAGAAUCAGUGGUUCUCAACCUUUUUAAUCCCGCAACCCCCAACCGGUCGUAAGUCGAGGACUACUCAACUGGUCGUAAGUCAAGGACUACUCAACUGGUGCAGUACCGUUUGCAGAAU